AUGCACGCCGCGGCAGAGAGGCCCCCUGGCGAUCCAGAAGGAGCAGCAAAUGCAGCAGCAGCAACACAGACCCGCACAGGCAAGCAGCGGCUUGUUGCAAGCAGCAGCAGCAGCAGCAGCAGCAGCAGCAGCAAACCCCAAAGCGCUGUUUACCCCAGCAACAGAUUCAAAGCCUUUGGUCAGCGCAACGCAGGAGGAAAGAAACAGCAAUACGGGGAUGCGACUGCAGCAGCAGCAGCUGCUGCUGCUGCAGCAGCAAAUGCUGCAGCAAAUGCUGAUGCGCAGGCAGCAGCUCCAUCACCUGGGGCGCGAUCCGAUACGCAGGCAGCAGCAGCAGCAGCGGCAGCAGCAAAUGACGUUUUGCAUGCAGCAACAGCAGCAGCAGCAGAAGCAGCUGCAACAACUACCAGUAGGGACACAGAGGCUGCAGCAACGGCAGUAGCAGCAGAUUCGAAUGAGCAAAUAACAGCAGCAGAAGCAGCAGCAGCAGCAAUAGUAGCAGAACCUAGAAUCAGGCACUCCACAGCAGCAAACCAAUCAGUGGCAGCAGCAGCAGCAGCAGCAGCAGCAGCAGCAGCAGCAAACAGUGUGGAGCAAUCCUCAGCUGCAACGAAUUCGACCCGGGAAGCAGCACCAGAACCCUCUGCAGCAGCAGCAGCAGCAGCAGCAACUUCCCGCGAGAAAUUAGCAGCAGCAGCAGCAGAGGAGCUGGCGGGGAGCAGCAGCAGCAGCAGCAGCAGCAGCAGCAGCAGCAGCGGGGUGAAGAAGAAGUCGAAAGUGCUGUACUGCGUGUCUUCGACGAAAUAUAAAUUAAUUCGAAAAGUCUGCAGCAGCUUUCCCGGCUGGGAAGAGUGCCCCCAGGACAGCCAGGACUGGGAUGUUCUUUGGAGCGACUCUGCAGUGACACCGCAGCAGCUGCUGGCGAUGAAACCCUACCAAAAGAUAAACCACUUUCUUGGCACUCACGCCAUCACGAG